UAUAAGGAGAAUGCAUCAUGACCACUUGGGUGGUACAGGACGUCACAGUAAAUGACGGAGGGCUGCAAAAAGGACCUGCAUAACCUGAUCCACAGAAAGAUCCAACGGGCUUCAGAGUCGUGAAAGUGUGUCCACGAGUAUCUGACAUGCUUAGCAAGUCUCCUCAGUUGUGAAUUUGCCUCUCACCAGGUCUGUUCUACCCUUACAGAGUUGUGGAACUUCAUGGGCACGCAGUGACCCACCGAUUUAGAGCAGGAUAACAUUUCUGUGAAGUCGCAAAAUAGAGCAAUGCGUCAUAAAAACCACAACAUGAAUUAAACUUGGAUGGCUCCAAGCUUCUUCAUUCGCCAUCGUUGGUGUCGUGGUGUUGUUGAAAAAAGUGGUAUAUUCAUACUGAAUCUCCGGCGGAGGCACGAGCGUUCGUGACACUAAUGCUGCUGAGCAGCUAGCCGCGGUAUCGCUGUCUAGCAGCCAACAAGCAAGCAUGACUGAAAUUGGUGCCAUGCCCGCAGACCCCUCACCCUAGUCAAAGAAGAACGAUUUCUGUUGCCCUUCAGUAAAGCAGGAGCACCUCUGCAGCCGCCCGGAAUUCAGCCCUUAUGUAAUCUAUGGGCUAAGUGGAAGAUGGCUCCCUUGCGUCAUGCGAACAUAAACAAACGAUGCAGUGUGGCGGCCUAAACUAUUGAGUUGAACACUGCUCCAAAGCGCAGAACUGCAUGUUCUUUAAUGAAUCUGUUUUGUGGACCUGGAGCCGAAGCACCUGACCUUUAUUGUGGGCAUCAUGCCGACUUCUCAGCAAGGCGAAGGUGCCUCGGCCACUGUAGACCGGCGACCGAUUAUUGUUUCUUCUGCCUCUCUGGCUCCCAUUCGAGAGGAUGCGGGAGAAGGUCUGGGAGAAACUGGUGGUACAGGGACCGGAGCCGGCCCCCCUCUGCCUUGUCACUCGCCGGGUGUCACUGCCGAAGUUGCGCCACAAGAAGGCGAGGAACCCCUGGGGCCCUUACACAUGUGGAAACGGUUCAUUCUGACGAAAUUCUCUGGGGGCAAAAAGAGCGACCAGGCCCCUGGCAGGCGUUCCUCUUCUUUGACCUCGUUGUCGGUCCCUUCAGGGCAACUGACUAGUGGAAUCAGCUCAAGCUCUGCAGGUCUGAAAAGUGUCUGGGCCCCGCAGUCACGAAUGUCCUCUGUCUCUCGUACAGAUUCUGGGUCUAGUGGCACAGGACGGUCCCCUGACAUCUCCACUCCCACUCUAUACAAUCGACGAAAAGCGGAGGCGGACGAAAAGUCAAGAUUUACUCUCAAGGGCAUCGUCACGACAAAGUGGAGACACGGUGAAGCACUUUCCUUCAUUCACCCGUUUUGGUUAACUUUCGAAAACAAGGAUCUCGAGCACCAGUGGAAGAUGCAGGACCUGCAUUACUUUGCUGCCCUCGUCGUUCGGAUCCUCGCAUGCUUGGCGCUAGCAUUGCCUCUAUUUCUGCUCUACUGCAACUUCAUCUGCAGGAAUUGCGAGUCCACCUUUUUGCUUCCGUUGAUAGCCAUUUCGCCUUCUAGCAUCAUCGCUGCAGCUGCGUAUUGCUGUCCCGUUUUACAAAUAAGGUUCCGAGGGGUGUUUACACUCUGGUGCUGCUGGAUAGCGGUCGCAACUGUUUUUUUCUGUGAACCUUCGCGCUUGAUAAAGUUGCUGGGACUCUCAGAAGACACAUCGUUUGCUCUUGGCGAGACUGGAUGGAUGACGACCAUGCCGCUCAUUCUGUUUUCUGCAAUCCUUGGCGGCGUCGAGUGGCCCAAAUUUGCGCUCAUCACGCUCGUCGAGACCACCUCGGUUAUUGUCGCCAUUUCUUUUCUGUCAACGCCCCUGAAAGCCUGCAGCCGAAUCCCCCUACAAGUUUUCAAUGCCGUCACCAUGAUUAUCGCCAACUUUACGGUGCGACGUCUCGAGAUAUACAGACGACUGCGUUAUCUGGAAUACCGAUUUGCUGCUGGGCAACUCCGAUGCUUCGAGGACGAGGCGGCACGGUUCAUCAAGGCGUCGCCAGUGGAAGAUGCCUUCUACUGCAUCAAAGAAUCAGAGCGCCUCCUGUCUGAGCAAUUGUACGCACCUGAAAAGGGCAAAACGACGACUCAGACACUGUACAGAUGCAUCUUGUAUCUAACAAGGGCCCAGAUCAAGUUGUCUCUCUUCGACGAGAAACCUGCAACGGAUCCAUUUUUCUUCUAUCGGGCGGACUAUCCUUUCUCGUCACCUGACGGUCAUCACGCCAAUGAUGGAGCCGUCGGAGAAAGGCCGACAAGUGGGGCUGAAAGAUUUGCAGCUCCACGGGAAUAUCAUGUUGCCAUAUCGGAAUCCGGCGGUGAAGAUGUAGACAACACAGCAACGAAAACCAGGCAGAUCGACAUAGGAACAUCGAACCGGACUCCAGAAGCCGCGGGUGAUAUUUCUCCAACUGCAGAACCAGAUGUUAUCGAAAGAGAGACGUCUCCUGUACGAGUCCCGACUUACAAGCGGAAGCACCAUAUCACAAGUGGACGACGUAUGCUAGAUCAAAGAAGAAAUGAAGCUUUUGACAAGUUUGGGGAUGCGCUCGCAUGUGCAUUUGGAAUUCCGUCACCUCAACCUCCUCCUCCGCUUCGGGCAAAACCGGUUCUACGUGGCCUCAAGCAGGCGGCUAGAUCCAAAGAUAUCAGCGUCUCGCGGACAUGGGCAAAAGAUCCACCAAGUGAAGCGAAACCCCUGGCGCGACGUCACUCUUUUGUCACCCUCGGGGCGAUCGACGAUAACCUCUUUGGGUUGGUUGAACGUGUUGGGGAAGACUGGGAUCUCGAUAUGUUUGAACUCUGCAAGCAGACCAACAGGAUGACAUUGAUGGCAACAGGGUUUCGUCUACAGCACCGAUUUCUAGCUGAAUAUGAACCUGCCUUCCACCUAUGUACUAGCACAUGGCGUAACUUCCUCAGAGAAGUUUCUCAAAGGUACAGACACAACCCCUACCACAACGAGCAGCAUGGUGCAGCGGUGGCGCACAUGAUGGUUUUCCUUCUUCGCGCUUGCCAAGCUUGGCACAUGUUCAAGCCUCUGUAUCAAACAGCCAUCAUCGUCGCUGCUCUCGUGCACGACGUCGGCCACUUCGCCAUGAACAACCAUUACGUGGUUAACAGCGGCCAUCCUCUUGCGAUCACCUACAAUGACCGGUCCGUCUUGGAAAACUUUCAUUCAGCUCUGGCAUUCCGAAUAAUGGGCACGAACGGUAAUGAAAAUUUCAACAUUACGGAAACAUUUUCAGCGGAGGACAAACGAGACUUCCGGAAAUUAAUCAUCGAGCUCGUUUUGGAGACAGACAUUCUCUUCCACUUUGACUUCAUUGGUCGCUUCCGUCUACGGCGGCCGAUGUCGCCUUUUUUCAAGCUCUUGGGAGAGAGAGGUGCUAAUCCAAGCUUCGGUCAGAAUCCGGUUUCCCUCUUGAGUUCGCCCUCCAGAACGGCAACUGAUGUCGAGGCGACAUCGAAGGAAGAAGCUCAGGACCUCACUUUAUUGGCAAAAGCAUGCAUCCGAAGCGCCGACGUAGGGCACGCAGCGGUGGAAUGGCGUCAACAUUACUUCUAUUCAAAGGCUGUACAAACCGAGUUUUUCAACCAGGGGAAGGCCGAGAAACGACUGCGGUUACGAAUCUCCCCAUGCUGUGAUCCGGUCUCGACCGAUGUUCCCAAGUGCCAAGAUGGCUUUAUUUCGUACAUCAGCCGCCCACUGUUUGAAGAGCUUGCCCUUAUCAACACGAACGGCGCGAUAAUGCAAAAAUGUGUCCCAUUGCUAAAGGCAAACCAAGCAACCUGGAACCGAAUAAAGACGAAAGGAAUCGAGUGGAACUCUGCUGAGGCCCUGCAGGAAGGAUUUAAAACGGUCUGACGCGAAGGCUUCAACGCCUGUGGUGUCCCUUGCGCCCUCCGAGAAUGCUUUUGUAUUUUUGCUCGCCGGAUUUGCGUUCGCUGACAGCACUUCCAAGAAAAAGCUGCUCGAACCCGAACCCGUGUCCAAGCACUUCGCCACCAGGGUACGCUUUCUCCUGAGUUACAUAGACUGCAUUCGUCCGGGUAAAAGUAACCCGCGACUUUGCGAGCACAUCUGCGAGUCAACGCAGAGACUUCGCUUGCUCUUUACACUAACGCUUCGCACCUGAAUCAACCUGCAUGAAGAAUGAUUUCCUACGAAAGUAUAAUGAGUUCUGGGUUGCGCCGGAACGCGUUCUCGAAUGCCGCGUUAUUCAGAUUGCGUGGUAGAUCAUUCUUACCUGGAGACUGAAAGCUGACAACGCCAUCUGGCAGUGAGUAAAACAUGUUUAGAGGAUGUUAUCGGUGAGCUUGAAGACAAUAAAAACUGGAACCGUUUCAACUCGCUCUGCACCUCA